CUCCCGCCCACUCCCUUCUACUUCCAGGUCGGGGGGGCGGGUCCAAUAGAAAGGCGGAAGCCAGUGUCCCCGGCGUUCUCACGCCUGCUACAAUUCCUGAGUAGGGCCUUGCUUUAGUUCUUUGGAAAGUCUCCUCACCCCCACAUCGCCUCUUUAGGAAGUCACUUAAUGUUUGGCUUCAUUAUUCCCACAUCCUCUUCCUAACUACUUGCCUGCACUUCUUGAGAAAAAGACUGCAGAAAAGAGAGGUGGGGCUGUGAGUAGAAACAAGCAAACCGCAGGUCCCUGUGGGGGGACCCUCCAGGAAGAAGGGUAAUUUUCUGCCUCCUUAAAGUGGCUGCUACAGUCAGUUAUUUUGCUCCCAACCCCAGAGCUUCAGUUGCUCCUUCAUUUCCCAGUUCCGCAAGAACCGUGGGCGACAGUUAUGGAGAAGCGUCUGCAUGAGGCUCAGCUGUACAAGGAGGAAGGGAACCAGCGCUACCGGGAAGGGAAGUACCGAGAUGCUGUGAGUAGGUACCAUCGAGCUCUGCUUCAGCUGCGGGGUCUGGAUCCGAGUCUGCCCUCUCCGUUACCUAAUCUCGGACCUCAGGGCCCGGCCCUCACGCCUGAACAAGAAAACAUACUGCAUACCACCCAGACAGACUGCUAUAACAAUCUAGCUGCCUGUCUCCUUCAGAUGGAGCCCGUGAACUACGAACGAGUGAGAGAAUAUAGUCAGAAAGUCCUGGAACGACAACCUGAUAAUGCCAAGGCCUUGUAUCGGGCCGGAGUGGCCUUUUUCCAUCUGCAGGACUAUGACCAGGCCCGCCACUACCUCCUGGCUGCCGUGAAUAGGCAGCCUAAAGAUGCCAACAUCCGGCGGUACCUCCAGCUGACACAGUCAGAACUCAGCAGCUACCAUAGAAAAGAGAAGCAGCUCUACCUGGGCAUGUUUGAUUAACAAAGAAGAAAGAUGCUCCUCCAGUUGAACUUAGGUGGACUAUUAAACAUGCAUGAAGGAGAAACCUGAGCCUCAGCAAGAGAAAUUAACCCUAUACCUCUGACCCCGGUGGAUUUUUGUUUGUAGUUCUGCACAAACUUCACUACUUAGACAGUCUGAGUCUUUUUCUGUCUAUCCAUCUGUUUAUUUCUAUACCUUUCAAUACAUGUUAUUGUUGCAGAUAUGUGGCUUGAGAAAUAUAAUCAAAAGACAU